GAGCGAGCGAUAAGAGCGUGAUCAGUGAACUGACGAUAAACAAAGAAACGGUUUUGAGACACGACCGUUCAAUUCUUCUUCUACCCUUCAAUCUCCACAGUCCGUACCCAAAUGACGCCUGGGAACUGAAAACUGAAGCAGCCAAUCGCAGCAACAGUAAACUAGUAGUACUUACAGAGAUAGGGGAUGGCCAUGGCUUCCUUAUCUCACCUACCGAUACCACCAUGCCACUCCAACCCUAUCUCUCUCUUUUCCUCUCCCAUGGUAUUAUCUUUCCCAUUCCACCUAACGACUUCGCUUAAUUCGCGUGUUUGUGCUCUAAAAACUGGAUCCGACGGGCUGAGGAAACCAAUUGUUCCUCCGGGAAAGGACUUGGGUGGAAUUUCUGAAGAUGAGGACGACAGCGAUGGGAAGAGAAAUUACAAGGAGAAGGAAGAGGAAGAAUGGGUCGAUUGGGAGGACCAGAUUUUGGAGGACACUGUUCCGCUUGUUGGCUUUGUUAGAAUGAUUCUUCACUCUGGCAAAUAUGAAAAUGGAGAUAGAUUAAGUCCAGAGCAUGAGAGAACCAUUGUUGACAGGUUGCUUCCAUAUCAUCCAGAGUGUGAAAAGAAGAUUGGAUGUGGAAUUGAUUAUAUUACAGUUGGGCAUCAUCCUGAUUUUGAAACCUCAAGAUGUUUGUUCAUUGUUCGGAAAGAUGGACAAUUGGUUGACUUUUCUUAUUGGAAAUGCAUAAAGGGCCUGAUCAGGAAGAACUUUCCACUAUACGCAGACAGCUUUAUUCUCAGACAUUUCCAACGACGUAGGCAGAGGUGAUGAAGGGGAAUUAUCCCAUGAUCGAAGUGUACCAAGUCACAAGCAUUGCCUGGUACACCCAAGUUGAGUGUAUGUAUUAUCUCUUUAGUAGGCUUUGAUGUGUUUUUCUCCUUCAAUGGAGUUAUUCCUCCUUUGUUGAGGAGCUUUAUUUGUGUUUCUUGGUGAGUUAGUUUGUUUUUUGAGAAAAGUUCACUUGCUGUAAA